AUGUCAGCUCAACUGUACUACUCCAUCCCCAACACCAACCAACGCUCGCCCAGCACGAUGGCCUACUCCGACAACUCGGGUCUUCUUGCCGGUGCCCGUCGUCGCUCACCUCCCCAACAAGGCUUUGGUCCUGGGGGUAUUAACAUGUAUCAUCAGCAGCAAAUUCAAACCGCCUUGUACCAACAGCAGCAAAUCGAGUUUGCUCAACAGCAAGCGCAAUUGGAAAUGCAUUUACAACUGGAACAAAUGAGAUUGCAAAACUUGGCCUUACAGGAACAAAUCAUGAUUGGCCAAGCUCAUGCCCAUCAAGCCCACGCUCAAGCACAGGCCGAGCAACAACAACAACUUCACAACACGUUCUACUCGACCAACAAGGCUCCCGCUCCUGGCCGCAUGACUUUUACUCAAGGUCAAGGUGGCAUGCUGGCUGAGAGGGCCCUUGCUCGCCGCCAGCAGGCCGAAGCAGAUGCGCUUUACGCGCAGUGCUACCCCAACGUGGAAGAAGAAGAUGAUGUUCUCCGGGAACUCGGCCACGGCCCACCGUUCUCCUCGGUUUCCUCUGAGCGAUCCAGCAACUUGACUCCGCCGGCGGUUGUUGUUUCCAAACCAGAUGAAGCUUUUCCUCUUCUGGCCUCGGCUGAUGCGAUGUUUAGCAAAGCCCCCGGGUUUCCCAAGCUCACCAAUCAACAUGCCUCCCUCGACUUUCAAACGGAUUCGUUAUCCGCUACUCCUUCACUGGGCUCCGUGAGCCCUCCCAGCUCUACCGAUAAUUCUCAAACCAAAGACUCUGCCGCUGUACCGAUCAAGAAGAAAUUCUCCGACGUCCUCAAGUCAUCAGCGCCCAAAUCUACCCCCACCCCGCCGGCUAACUCCAACGCCACUACCGGACCACCUCCCAAACUCAAUCCGUUUUCGUCGGUGUUCGUGCCUGGAUCUAACAACAGUCCGGAAAGCGAGGCUCCUGCUCCUGUGUCCAAAUCCUCCCCAACUCAAAAGGUCGUUUCGUUCACCGAGCCGGCCCCUGAGUCGGCUGCAUCCCCAGGAGUCUACCGAGCCCCGAGAGCCAAGUCACCACCCAGUGCCAAAGGUAACCGAGUGUCUGUCACUCCGUUGGCCCCUACUCUUCAAUCAGUCCCUGGUGGUAUGCCCACUCGCCAACCGCGUGGCCCAGCCGCCGAAGCCGAGCUCACCAACCAAAACUUCGCCACUCGCAUUAGAAAGCGUGCCAUCGGAGCGAUCAAGACUCUUGGACCUCGCCCACCGACCUCGCCUAGCCCUGUCUCCACUGCCUCGGCGACCAACUAUCACUACUACCAACAGCAGCAAAUGCUCGAAGCCAUGAUGAUGCAACAACAUCAACAACACGCCCUCGCCGCCGCUGGGUACGUUGACUCCGACCUUGGCUUCCACUCUGCCAUGCAUUCGUCUGGCGGGAUCGCCCACUUGAUGGCCACUGCUCGCGCUCGUGAAGAAAGAUUUGGCUACUGA